UGGAGCAUAUUGCAUUCGUGUUUUCUGAGGCUUGGUUUUGAGAGAUUGUCGAUGUCUAGGGAGAAGAAAAGAAGAGGCUUUGCUCCAUCUGCUCACUCGCUCGCUCGUAGCGGCAAGUUGCAACGUCGGAGGGAAUCGAGAGCUGGGGUUUGAAGGCUUGCAUCCUCAAUGAAUGAGUUUCCAUCGUCAUGAACUUGAAGGAUUCGUUGCAAACCAGGCUGCUCGUCGUUUCUUGCUCGAUCUGAGCUGUGUCUGCCCUGCAUUUUGUUGUCUUCGUCUGUGUUCUCAACGCGGCUUGGCUAUGGAAAGUCGCCUGGAUUGCACUUCGUUUGGAAGCAUGUUUGUUUUUUUUCUUUCUACGCCGAAAGUGGGGUCGUGCUCAAUAUGUUUUGGGUGGUGUGACGCAUUGAUGGUCGCAGUAUUUUGCUACCCAUACCUGUCUUUGCACUCUUUCCUCACCUGAUACUUGCCUUGGCCUGGUUGUUGAUAGACGAAUCAUGGUGAUGCUCUGUACCUUUUCGAGAGAAUUGGGUGUCUUGGAUUGGAUCGAACUCUCUGAACGAUCACUUCUGGCGAUAGGUUGUGAAGUGUACUGAGAAGGAAAUUCAAGUUGCUUGUAGGGGUGUUUGUUGUUGGAGGUUUGAUGAGGAAUGGAAGUGGCGACAGUGUUGUGGAGCACUGGGAGGUGUAGAUGUUGGUGCAUGUGUUUAGAUUGUAAAUAGGAGGCCGGGUGGCUGAGACCAAUGUGACCCUCGUUCUUGUGACCAUUUCUCUUGUUUUUGAAUGGAAGUGCAGGAUUGGAAUUGUGACAUGUCAAGUAAUAAAAACAAAAAAACAAAACCAUCAUGGUGGUCCCGAUUCUGACAUGAUAUGUACUUGGGAGGACUCUGCAGCCCUAGGGCUUGGAUGCCACUCCCAAAUGUUAAUUCCUACUCGCCCGCUUCUUUGGCUGUUUUACUCGCUGCGAAAAUACACCGGAUUCAAUCUUCAACGAAAAGGUCCCCAAUCCUUUGAAGCACGUGGAUUGGGUAGAGUAAAUACCCGAUUUAACCAUCAACAGAAAAGUCUAUAUAAGUCUUUGAAGCAGGUGGAUUAGUAAAUGACAGACCUGUUUUAGAAUAGAGAGGGAGAGAGAUUAGGAGGAGAAGGUGGAGGAAGAAGAAGAAGACAAUCGGUUCUCCGUUGGAGCUAAUAUGUGCAAAAUAGCUUACCGGCUCCUGUGUAUAGCAGCUGGAGUGUUGUAUCUCUUCGAUCAUGAGUGUUCCUGUUCGUUGCUUCAGGGCAAGCUUCUUAAACUGGUUUCAACUAAAUGACCAAUGUCUCAAUCGAUCUUUUGUUAGGCAACAAGUUUGUCGGAUUCUUUCCCUGUUAAAAUACCUAUUUGAAAACAUCAGUAACCGGAGCUUUUGGGGUGGCUAUGAAAAUUUUCAUUACGUGUCUUACCGCCUACUCACUCUUUGAUUAACGACGUGCCAGAGAUCCACAAGGUUUUUUUUUACAGGAAAGCAGGGUGAUCAAAUUGGGGAGGAAUGUACGCAAAUUUAUGCCUGGAACACUGUCAUCACUUAUUUGUCACGCUGAUGCAGCUUCAACACGUCAGAAAGAGAAUUCAAGAUUCCCUCAGCGUAAUAAAGUGAUUAGCGCGUGGAGGAAACUUAGAGCACAGGUUCAAGGGAUUCAGUUGAACUAACACAUCUUGCUGCACGCUUAAGACACUCUCUUCCCUCGUCUGUGUAUCCAUCUUGCGGUUUCGGAUGCAGGCAGGUCAUUGAUGUCAAGGAGUCGACAGAGCUCGAUGAUUCUUGUAGGUGUCUUGUUAGAGUCAAUUCUAAAUUUAAGUGCGGUAGAAGGGAUUUCGGAAUAUCAUGUCGACAAUACAAGCGGCUCGAUCAUUGACAGUGGAGGCAGGGAGCGGGUAUUUCAUGGAUUGAAUGUCGUUAUGAAAGCAUUUCCUUGGCAUCCUCGCACAGACGAGUUUGAUCCGCAGUUCUCCUUCACAGACGUCGACAUAGCCCUCCUGCGCAGUUGGGGUGUGAAUGUUGUCCGCCUGGGUGUGAUGUGGCCCGGCGUCGAGCCACAACGUGGCCAGGUGAACCAGACGUACAUCGAGGUCAUGCGGACGGUUGUUCGAAAACUUCAUGCAGCUGGCAUUGCCACGCUCCUUGAAUUCCACCAGGAUCUUCUCUCGUCAAGAUUUUGCGGGGAAGGCAUACCUUCUUGGGUUCUUGAUAAUACCAACCUCGGUGGGACGGAUUCUGAGAACCUCCUGGCUGAGAUAAAUGACGUUAGUUCGUCAUCAGCAGGCAGUAGUUCGACUUGGUGGAGAAUUUUGAGAGACAUUGUCGUAAACUUCAUUCCCUCUCUCUUGAUGCAGUCUUCGAGAUAUGAGUCAAACCACAGGGCCUCAACAUUCAGCGCCUCCAAGAGCUUUAUCGAAUCCUUCCCAGAGCCUCUAAGUGGAAGAUGGCCACUACCAGAUUCACCAGGAGAUAGUUCUCAUGAGCAGCAACCAUCGGACGAGCAAUGCGACAAACAUUCCUGGGCUUGGUACUACUUCUCUUUCGCAGUGUCGAGAGCUUUCCAGAGCUUGUAUGACAACAAAUGGGGCUGGGCAGAUUUGUUUGCAAACUACUGGCAAAUUGUUGCAACGUCCUUCCGUGAUCAGCCCGGAAUUUUGGGAUACGAGCUCAUCAACGAACCAUGGGCAGGAGACAUGUACCGCAAUCCACUCUUGAUGGUGCCAGGAGUGGCGGAUUACCACAAUCUUGCUCCAUUCUACGAAAAACUGCAGUCAUCAAUUCGAUCUGUCGACCCCGACAGAAUUCUUUUCAUGGAGUCUAUCACAUUUGAAGACAUCCGUUGUGGAUUCUCAACAGUCCCAGGAGGAGCACAGUUUCAGAACCGAACUGUGUUGAGUUAUCAUUUCUAUCAACCUCCUAAUGUGAAUUCCCGUCAAGCCAUCCGCGAGCGUCUGCGGGAAAGCAAGAAGCUGGGGUGUGGUGCCAUGCUGACGGAGUUUUUUGUGGCAGAUCAAGGUGCAAUCUCUCCUCGAAACUCGUGGAAUCUAUUCAACGCAGACAGGGUGGAUGAUGUGCUUGCCGAAGCAGAUGCUCACAAACAGUCCUGGAUCGCAUGGGAGUAUAAAGCCUUUCAGGUCAAGACAGGCUCCGUUGUGGAGCAGUCUCUCUUCACAUCUUCCGGGGACGUGAACCUGUUGCUGGCCAAGAAGCUCGCCAGGACAUACCCUCAAGCUGUGGCAGGCACCAUAUUGUCAUUCUCCUUCGAACUCAUCUCCUCCGACUUCACCCUCUCCUUCAUUGCAGGUCGGCCUUCUGCAAGUGGUGGUAUAUCCCACCAGACGCAGGUUUUUGUCCACAGGCCGUUUUACUAUCCCUCGGGACUUGCAUUUUCUGUGAACCAUGAUUGUGUUCAAGUGCAAGAAACAGAGAGAUUGAUCAUAUUGAGCCACUCUCAGGCUUGUGCGGGGUUCACAGUUUCUCUCAAGAUAAGUAAAAAGCCUGUCCAAAAUUUUUGAACUGGUAUUUGAGCCA